AUGGAUCAAGAACGUGCAAAUUACAUUAAAGGAGCUAGUAAGUUUAUAUUCGUUUUGUUGGUCACGUGCUCUGUGAAAUAACUUUAAUGUCUUUUUCUAGUUAGAGUAUGCAUGCUACUGUAAUUUGUAGUGUCUUACUGUAAUUUAAAAUGUUUGCUUUCAAUAUUUAGCUUUGUUUCUUGUGCUCAAGAAUAACACUUUGAUUAGACCGGUCGUUUUUUGUUGAAAAUAAGUGUUUCAAUUUAAAAUUUUACGGAAAAUUCAAAAGUGCGUCUCAAGAAGAAUUAUUUUUAAAUUUAUUUUCGCUAUAAAUAUUGAGGACAUUAUCUUAUAAUAUUAAUUUAGUCCAACGUGCGCCUGGUAAGCGACAAAUCAAACCGACAGCCGUAGCUCUCGCCGACUUCCAAGGGGAAGAGGAAUCAGAUGAAGAUUUCAAUCGUAAGUAUUACCAAAUUUUGAUUGAUUUUAAGUUUAGCCGAGGGAGGAAGUGACUCCGAACUGAAUUCAGACGAAGAAGGUGAUGGAGAAGACGAUGAUGCUGAGGAUAUGGACGAUGAGGAGGACGAGGAAGAGGAUGAAAGCAGUGAGGUUGUCGAGGAAAAGCAAGAGGUAAUAAUUGGAAAGGAUUUUUAAAAAAAAGACUUAUUUUUUAAUUUUUUUAAAGAAACGACUGACUUUUUGCUAAUUUUUUCAAAAAAGUAAUAAAUUGGUUGAUUUUUUAAAGUUUUUGUACCUAAAUCAAAAUUUUCUGAACUUUUGCAUAACAUAUUAUUUUAGGCAGAGCUGGUUUGCAGUAUUUGUCUGAAUUUUAGAAAAACAGAAGGAGACAAGCUAAUCCAAUGUGAUAAGUAAGUUUUUGGAUACCUUUGUUAUAAAUUAUAGUGUUAGGCGCGUUUUUCUUCCUUCAAGGACUAGUUUGUACCUAAAAUCUGUAUUUUAUUAAUCUUCUGGGUAAUAAAUGUAAUUUCAGAUGUGGUGUAGCAGUGCACGAGACUUGCUAUGCCGUUGAUGACUAUGUUGACGAAGAUGCGUCGGUAAUUUCCAACUUUUCUACUGAACCGUGGUUCUGUGAGCCAUGUUUAUAUGGGUAUGAGGAACCUCCACAUUGCGAGCUCUGUCCUCGUCGCUUCGGUGCCUUCAAAAGAGCUGAUGUUGGAGGAAAGUUUGUGCAUCUCGUAUGUGCAUUGUACACUACCGGAGUCAGCUUUGGAGAUGUGGAUAACUUGACGGCGGUCAGCUGGCAGGAAAUCGAUUACAAAAGAUUUGGUCGAAAGAGUUGUAAUGCAUGUACAAGUGUGGUGGAGUCGAGAUCGGGUUUGGUUACUUGUUGUGAAGCCGGCUUGUGCAAACAACAUUAUCAUAUCAGCUGUGCGCAAAGGUAAGUUUAUUGUUUUUACUGUUAGAAUAAGUGUUUUAUAUUGUUUUAGGUAUUAAAAAUUUUUGUUGUCUAAAUGAUUUUUAAAAUAUGUAAGGUGAUAAUUUCAGAAUGGGGUUUCUAGUCGAUACAGAUUACGACCAUUCUCAGCAGCCAUCUUCAAGCAACGAUAAGCAUGUUGAAAUCCACCCUCACUUUAUUUUGUGUAAAACCCACAAUGCUCCUGAACUGAUACAAAAGAAACGAACUCAGUACCUCAAGUUUCUACGUCAAGAAGAACGGAGAAUGGUCCAGCUCAAGUUUAAGAGAUUGAACAACAGAGAAGAGGCCAAACUCAAAGCUCAGCAGAAGUGUUAUCAGAAGAGGAUGACUAACUUCAAGAAUGUCACUGUUCACAUGCCUUCUGUAAGUUUUAGGUAUAACUUGAGGUUAUUUUAAUCUAAGGGUUAAUAUUUUAUAGUAAGCUUAGAUAAAAUGGCACGUAAAAUGGAUUAAAAUUUGUUAUUCGAUUACUUUUUAUGUUUUUUGAGUGUAAAAAGCAAGCGUCUGAAGAUAAUGGCUCUUAUUAAUAAGUCAACAUUUUAAAACAAUAUGUUUAGGUAGAUCAUAAACGCCAGAGAAUGUUCCACACGAGUGCUGGUGUUAUGGAAGGCUUUGCGGAAAAGGCUGAACUGUUAGGCUUCACUAAACAGGAAUUUGAAGAAAGUUUCACAAGGCUGGAUCCUUCUGAACUUCCUCAAUUGGCUCCUGCUUUUACUCACGACUUUAUUCGGUAAGUUUAGAUGUUAGGAAUGGUUUAUUAUAAUUUGGGUUCAACGCGAAAUAUUGUUAUUGUUGUUAUAAGAAAGUGUACGGAUUAUUUUUAGGUUUUAUUCUCACCGCGAGAACGUUUUGUUCAACGAAGAAAAGGAGAGGUUGGAAGACAGUAAACGAGAGUUUACUAUGCUGGAAAGAGAGGAAAAGGACCUCAAACAAUUGUUGAGUGAGGCAAGUAUAGUAAUGACACUAGUAUCAAUAGGAAAUUGUUUUUAAAAUUUAAUUUUUUAAAAUAAUGUUGUUUUAGAAGAAAGAACGCAACAAAAGCGGAAAGCAGAAAGAGCAUGCUGACAAAGUCAAUGCAAUGUACAAAAAGUUCCAAGCCUUCUUUAAGAAAAUGCCUAUUAGAUUUGAUCGUGCUACAGAAGUGGCCAAGAAGGAAGAAAAAGUCAAAAGCCCGUAAGACUUUGUAUAAGAUUUAAUUAUAUUUUCCCGCUUUAUGCUAUAGUUUUGAAAGCUUUGCCAAGAGAUAUGUUAAUAUCUUGAUGUUUCAGCCCUCGCAAAAAAGCGAAAGUGUCAAAUGUGUACAAACCCGAAUCCCGACCUCAAUCCUCGUCUGCCAAUUCGAUAUCUCACAGUGAUAUCUCGACCCCACCACCACUUACCUCAGUUUCAAACUCUCGAAGUGCAUCCGAAGGCGUGGGGGACCAUUUCUUGGACGAGCGCCCAGUCCUCAUCCCAAUGGUACCUCAGAAUGGAGAACUGUCCCAGAAGUCUCGCAGUCAGCGCCCGAAACGUGUACUCAAAGUCUGA